AUGAACUUUAACUUUGUUACACCCUCUGUAUCAGAUACUCAGUAUAAUUAUUCAUCAGAAGUUCCUAUGGAUCACUGGAGUUAUAAUGACCACUUCAACCUGCUACUGCUCUUGAAAACUUUCUUCAUGAUCUUUAAUGGCAUUGCAUUCUUGUUUGGAGUGUUAAUAAAUAGCGCUGCAGUUUGGAUCAUUGGUUUGAAGAUGAAAAUGACUAUGACAUCAGUUUGGUUUUUGAACUUGGCUGUAGCUCAUUUGAUCCAUAUCAUGUUUAUUCCAUUUAAUAUUGCAUACUUUGCAUGUAGCUAUCAUUGGCCUUUUGGGACUUUUCUCUGUAAGUCUCGGUCAGCAGCCACAUAUCUUAGCAUGUUUGCAUGCAUCUUUUUCCUUACUAUAAUUAGCCUUGAUCAAUGUUUUUUAACUGUCUGGCCGAUAUGGUCCAAAAACCAUAGAACAAAAGGUAUUGCCCUGGUUGUGACUUUAUUUGCCUGGAUUUUAGCUGCCUUAUUCAGUGUACCAUACUGUAUAACUGCUGAAACAUAUCAAAUAUAUAAAGAUAGGAAAAUGUCCUGCUUAAACAGAUAUAACUAUGGAAGAGGGAUACUUGCAGUGGAUAUAUCAGUAUUUAUCUGUAGCUUUCUCAUUUCAUUUGCCAUCAUUGUUAUCUGUUACACUAUUACUGCUUUGAAAUUACGGAAGACACACUUUAUAAAAUCCAAGAAGCAUUUGAAGAUAAUUAUAGCUAUGAUACUAACUUUCUUUCUUUUCUGGUUCCCUUACCAUGUUUUUAGUUGGUUGCCCAUUUCAUAUGUUUACCCUUUGAAAUCAAGCCUUACAUUUCUCAGCACUUGUAUUAAUCCAUUUCUCUAUAUUUAUAUAGGCAGAGAUUUCAGGGAGACAUUCAAAAGAUUCAUCUCUGUGACAUACCAAACAUUUUUCAGUGCAAUGAAAUCUAUCAAUAAUGAGGAUGACAAGUGCAAACCACAAACAGAAAUGUAUUAAUGUAUGCUUAUUUCUUCACAAAUCAUAUGCAUUUACACACAAGCUGUAUAAUAUGACAAACUUAGGCAAAUACUGCUCAGAGGAUAAUUAUUCUGUAGCACUGUAAAAUCUAGUCGCAAUAAUUUGAAAACUUUGAUAAACUUUGAUAAAAGUAAACAUUUCCCUUUAAUACCUCUUCUACAAAACAUCUAAACCCUAUAAAUAAUACCAGCUGUUAUCACCAAAGUUCAUGCAUUUUCAGACCAGAGCGAUUAUGCAUGUUCCUUCUUGAUUUGGGAGGUCAGCACUGUUUGAAAGGAGUGUUUUGAAUAUUUUAAAUGUGUCUACUUAAAUGUGUUUAUGGGUAAACAUCUACUGAUCUCCUUUAUCGUUUGCCUAGGAUUUUUUUUUUCCUGUUCUAUGUUCAGACAGUUCUGCAAUAAGCCGUGACUGCAUGACACAAGCCUUAAUUUUGGGAAAUGAAAAAGAAAGCUUUAGUAUGAUUAUUGUUUAAAAGUUAUUUGUAUUAUGUAUUUUGAAUUUUGGACAGCAGUACAUUUCCAUUUUGGUAAAUCCCUGAGUUUAUUGAGCCCUCCCCAUCCUAAAAUGGCUUCUUAGAGGCUAUAGUUUUACAGGGCAAAUCAACAUUUAUGGUGAUGUGACGGUAUACAUUUUUGGGCCAUUUCAAAAGGAAGACAGAGAUCUGUUGCAUUACAGUCUAAAAUAAGUCAGUAUGAAAUAUUUACAGAAACAUUAAUUACAGUGAAUAUCAUAAAAAGGUCUGCAUGAACAGUAUUGACAAGUUUGAGACAUAUAGCACAACUGUAAUAAUCAAUUACUGCUCCUUGUUUCUGGUAAAUUGUAAUGUCUGCAAUCUAACUUAACUUCUCAUACUAGCCAGUUCGUUAGUGAAAA